GACGGAUGCCAGUGAGUCAGAGCAAGCGAGCGGACGACGGGGCACAGGACGGCCCGACUUCAACCCGACAAAACAACUCCAUAAAGUAACCUUCUUCUAUUCAACACUCGGAGUUUUUUUGCCUUCAUUUGUUACCUGGAAUGAAAUGCCUUUACGUUGAUGACUUGAAAGAUCAGGUUGAGACCCAGCCUGGUGACUCCAAACUGACACGUGUGUCCCAGCUUGAACUGCCCGGCUCAAGGGAGCAGCUCGCGGAGAGUUCACCACCAUGUCUUAAUACCUCACGCUCCCCUCUGAAAACCCUGUCCCCCCUUCCCUCUCUCUCCCCUCCCUCCCCCUCCUCCUCCUCCUCCCCUGCCCUCCCUGUAGAAACUUCCAAGUCUUUUGGAAACCACAGUGCCUCCUUUGGAGAAAUGAGUCUGCAGCAGCAGGGGUCCGAGAGGGACCUUCCCUCUGCUGCUUCCUCAGUCAGUCUACCCUCUGUACGGAAGACGCCGAAAAAGCGCCGCAUCUCUUUGCGGUCGUUAUUCCGUCGUCGCUGUGGGGAUUCCAAAUCCCGCAAGUCCCGGGCGUUACCUACAGGAGUGGACUGCAUUGCCAGCGUCGAGAGCGUGCACUCAGAAAUGUGCCAGCAGCAGGACCACGCCUCCGCUCUUUCUGUACCAAGUGCGACCUACGCAUCAUCUUCAUCGUCCUCAGCCUCCACCUCGGAGCUGCUGGAGUGCCCGUUGUGCCUGCUGCGCCACACGCGAGACCGUUUCCCUGACAUCAUGACGUGCCACCACCGCUCAUGCGCCGACUGCCUUUGUCAGUACCUGCGCAUCGAGAUAUCUGAGAGCAGGGUGAACAUCAGCUGUCCUGAGUGCUCUGAACGCUUCAACCCUCACGACAUCCGUAUGAUACUCAAUGACCGGGCGCUCAUGGAGAAGUACGAAGAAUUCAUGCUGCGCCGCUGGCUAGUGGCGGACCCUGACUGCCGCUGGUGCCCUGCUCCAGACUGCGGGUAUGCAGUCAUUGCCUUCGGUUGUGCCAGCUGUCCGAAGAUCACAUGUGGUCGUGAGGGCUGUGGAACGGAGUUCUGUUACCACUGCAAACAGCUAUGGCACCCCAACCAGACCUGUGAUGCCGCCCGACAGCAGAGAGCCCAGAGCCUCCGUCUGAGACCAUUCAGAUCAUCUUCACUCAGCUACAGCCAGGAGAGCGGUGCUGCUGCCGAUGACAUAAAGCCAUGUCCCCGCUGUGCGGCCUACAUCAUUAAGAUGAACGAUGGAAGCUGUAAUCACAUGACCUGCGCUGUGUGUGGCUGUGAGUUCUGCUGGCUGUGUAUGAAGGAGAUCUCUGACCUGCACUACUUAAGUCCUUCAGGGUGCACAUUCUGGGGUAAGAAGCCCUGGAGCAGGAAGAAGAAGAUUCUGUGGCAGUUGGGCACACUGGUGGGCGCCCCGGUUGGCAUUGCACUGAUUGCUGGCAUUGCCAUACCUGCAAUGAUCAUUGGGAUUCCUGUGUAUGUGGGUAGAAAGAUUCAUAAUCGUUAUGAAGGUAAGGACAUUUCCAAGCACAAGAGGAAUCUGGUGAUAGCAGGCGGGGUGACGUUGUCAGUGAUUGUGUCUCCAGUGGUUGCUGCAGUCACUGUCGGGAUUGGAGUGCCCAUCAUGUUGGCUUAUGUCUAUGGUGUGGUGCCCAUCUCUCUGUGCCGCAGCGGCGGUUGCGGCGUGUCUGCUGGGAAUGGGAAAGGUGUUCGGAUAGAGUUUGAUGACGAAAACGACAUGAACGUGGGCACUGGAGCAGCUGUGACUGACACCACUUCAGUAGCAGAGACUAGGCAUAACCCCAGCAUCGGUGAGGGCAGCGUAGGUGGUCUGACGGGCAGCCUGAGUGCUAGUGGGAGCCACAUGGAACGGAUCGGAGCAAUGAGAGAUAAUCUGAGCGAGAAUGCCAGCACUAUGGCUCUUGCCGGGGCCAGCAUCACUGGCAGUUUGUCGGGAAGUGCCAUGGUCAACUGCUUCAACAGGUUGGAGGUUCAAGCUGAUGUGCAGAAGGAGCGCUGCAGUUUGAGUGGCGAGUCUGGCACCGUCAGUCUGGGGACAAUCAGCGAUAACGCUAGUACCAAAGCAAUGGCUGGAUCCAUUCUCAACGCCUAUUUGCCUCUGGACAGAGAUGGGAACAGUAUGGAGGUGCAGGUGGAUGUGGAAUCUAAAGGAGGGAAGCUCAGGCACCACAGCGGCAGCAGCAGUAUGGAUGACGGCAGUAGCGGGGGGCACAGGGCCAGCAUUUGCCCCUCUGGCUGCCCCCACGACAGCAAGUGCACUUCUUCCCGCUGGGCCAAGGAGCCUUCCUCAACCUCUUCCUCAUCAUCUGGAAAGAAGAGCAAAGGCAAGCUGCGCAAGAAGAGCGGUAGCAUCAAGAUCAACGAGACUCGCGAGGACAUGGACGCCCAGCUGCUGGAGCAGCGCAGCACCAACUCCAGCGAGUUGGAUUCACCUUCUCUAAGCGGCAGCCUGCCCUCUGUGGCCGACUCUCAUUCAAGCCACUUUUCCGAGUUCAGCUGUUCUGACAUGGAGGCCUGCAGACCCCCCUGCUAUGAGCCUCACGUUAGACAUCCCAUCACGGGAGGAGCUGUCAGCCCCCUCCCCGAGGUGGAGCACGACAGACUGGAGAAUUGCCCCGUCUCUGGGAACUUCCCUCAGGCUGCGGUAGCCCCUCUUACCCCAGAUGUAGCGGCAGAACGCCCCCUGUGCUACAUCGUAGAGGAAAACAUGAGUUUAAUCUGUGCGGCAAACCUGGACACUGGCACGAGCCAGAGCUCACCAAAAGAACGUAAUAACAACCUCCCUCAGCUGGCUAGCCCUGUGCGUAACAUCUGUAUUCAAACGGAAAUAUAACGAUGGGUUUAGUAAACCCAAAUGCUAGCUUUCAAAGCUAACCUGAGCAUCCACUCUUAUUACUUAGCGUUGCACACUGAAUUAAAGAUUAUAAAGCUUAUGCAGGUUUUGUGGAGGUUUAUUUCCUGGUCGACUGUUGAUUAAUCGAAUGUUGAACGAGUAAUGCCACGAUUUACACUGGUCAAGGGCAGGAUAGGCCCCAGGUUGGUCGAGAAAGCUCGAUGUGACGAAGGUUAUUUGUUGGAGCAAACUGUACAGGUUUGUCCGGGUUUACGGUUGGACUAAUGCUUGGAUACGGUUGAGAAAGGCAACAGAUGAAUGUAAGGCAGCAAGUGAUGCAUAGACGCUGAUGUAGCUGUUAUCACACAUGCCUCUCAGUGUUCAAGGUCGCUGUGAUCAAAAACCUCACCAGUGAGGAAUGAGCGUGGGUGAAUCUCACAAAGAACAUGUCCAGGUCGUAUUGCAUUAAAAUGUCUUGUGUUGAGAAAGUCAAGUCUGUUUCUUUUCAAUAUUGAAUUUUUUAAAAACCUUUUUUUUUACUAUAUUAUAGACAAAAUUAAAAAGUAUGUAGAAAAUCCGCUCAGGAUGCAAAUGAAUGUGCUUCAUUGUCAUGAAAAUGUCAAAAGGCUGUAGUUUUUUUAACCCAAAUCUAACUUGAUUUUUGAUGAAAUAUGACUGGGACAUGUUCUUGAUGGUUUCAAAAGGUUGACCUGUGUAUUCAGGCACCUUCACCACACAUAUACACGCAUAUACUUUCAGUUAUCCAACAUAUAGCAUUAGUUGGAGGAAUCUGCAUCUAAUCAGACAUGAGAGGGAGGGGCUAUCCAAUGCCCUUAUUGAGAUGUUCAUAGAAGGUAAACCCAUGAGGGACCAGGCGAUAGUAGAUUUCCUUUCUCAUCAGCGAUUCUUGCAAAUAAUUGCGUUUUUUAUUUACUGGGCUUCUUUCCAAAGGUAUCCUUUUUCUUGUCUAGCGUCACUGCUUAUUUUCCAUUUUUGGGAAACGUUGAUGUAUUUUAAGCCCUGUGUGGGGUGCUGGUUCAAGUUGAAAAGCAUGUGAGGUGCUGGAUGAAGCUGUUUGGACGCCCUCUGCUGGAAGGACAGGGACCUUUAACCCAACCCCCAUUUUAUUCCCAGGGGAUGCAAAUCCUGGAGAGAGUUUAUUUCCAAAAAAGUCAUCUUUGCAAACGAUCGGUAGGGUUACAUGGAUGUGAAUUGUCAGUGUUGAAACAAUGGACGUUGGUCGGUCUUAUAUUUAUGAAUCGGAAGGAUUUGCAUCCUCUGCAAAGAAGCUAACUGUCCUACUCCUUUAAUGUUAAAGGCUAUGAUGGUAAUCGCAUUCAGGUCGUUUCAAUCACCUUGCGAUUUUAAGUUAUUUUCUUUUUGUAUUUGUAUUGACUCAUGGUGCCUUUUGGAUCAUAUAAAAAAUCCUUGGUUUCUCCAGUUUGUGUCUUAUAGAAAUGUAUUGGAUGAGGCUGAACUGAAUGUUAUUAGGUGCUGUGGCAUCUGUAGAAACGUUUCACAUUGUCCCUGUGAUGCACACUAAACGGAUAGGGACUACACAACUAACCACCUACCAAAGACAGCACUCAGGCUCACUGAUGACAAGUUCCUCACCCAUGUGACCCGCACACUUCAACGGCACUCACAGUUUACAGACUCCGCCGCCUCUGAGAACUGCGAGUCUGGUUCUGUGUGUUUGCACUGUUCAGUCCUAGUCCCCGGUCGCUGCAGCCAAUUCAAGAGGUGGCUUCUGUUCGUCUGUCCGGCUGCCGUUCUGGUGCUGCUUGGUAACCUCUCGGGACUGAUCCAAUGUCACAAGCUGCUUUUUGUUUGUUCGAUUUCUUUUUUCUCCCUUAUGUUUUGAGCAUCUCUGCCCAUAUCUGUAUGAAUAUUACUUUCAGAGGCUAUGGCUGAGUGUGAUUUCUAACUUGUUCAGAACAGCUUAUCAUAUUUGUAUAUUUGCUUUAUAAUAUGCGUGUAAAUGCAUAAUGAAAAUAAAAAUAUGAAUCCAGAUGUGUGUUCUCUAAUCGGUUU